AUGUCUAUAGGUAAAUUGACGAGUGAAGAUGAUGAUUCUGCAUCAACGUUACCACCAAUUCCUCCAAUUGUUGAAGCAGCUUUAUUUGAAACAACUUCAACUACAAUAGCACCAACGCGUUCAACACCAACUGCUGAAAAAAGCCCUGAAAAUAAAACUGAAGCACAAACAACAACAGAGGCACAGGCAACAAUUGAGGCUAGCAGUAAAGUUGUGGAUUCUGCACCUAAACCAAAGCCAAGGCUACUAAAUUUAAAUGUAGAUGAAUUACAAAAUUUUGCUAAUAUCUUACACAAUCAAACCAAAGGAGUAAAAAAUACUUUUGCCGAUCUUAGCGAUGUAAAUUUAGAUGAAGAUGAAGAUGAGAAUCCGAGGGUGAAACCAAAUGAACCUAAAAGUACUCAUAUAUCAGAUAAAUUCUAUACAAACCUUAAAGCACCCUUAAAUCCUUUGCUAACAGUUGAUAGAUCUGAAGAAACUGAAACAUGUAAAGAAAAUGGCAUUACUUAUAAGGUUGGAGAGCAUGUAGAUCGUGGUUGUGAAGAGUCCUGUGAAUGUACUCCUAGUGGUACGUUUGAGUGCACGCCGAAAUGUCAACACCCUUAUAUACGCCGUGGUAGAAGAAUAUCUGACCCCUUAUGCUUUGAGUCUCCAGUAGACGAAUGUUGUUCUUUAAUAGCCUGCGCAUCUGGCAAUGGAGAUCCAAAAAUUGCAACUCUUGAAGUGUGUCGCUAUGCCAAUGUAACUUAUUUGGUGGGCGGGAAGUGGAACAUCGGCUGCGAACAAACGUGCACCUGUGAACAGAACUCAGUAAUUACUUGUAAGCCAAGAUGUAAGCGUCUACCACUAUCAGAUAAAUGUAUUAACGUCCAAGAUCCAAAUGACGAAUGUUGUGAGAUGCAAAUAUGCGAUGUAUCUCAGGAUGUUCACGAAGAACCAGCGGAAAAUAUUACUAGUUCGACAUCAUCGACAACUGAUAUGCCGAAGGAUUUACAUGAUUUGAUCUUACCUAUAUCACCAAUGCGGCCACUAGUACUUACAGAGCCUAUUGGUUCCAUUAAAGUGUUGCAAAACAAUAGCGUUCAAGUCAAUUUAAUGCACAUGAACAGCAGUCAAGAUCCUAUACAUUUGCAACUCAGCAGUGAUGGAGGUAGAACUUACAGAGACGUAGAAUUGAAAUAUAAUAAUUUAAUACUAAAUCUCGAAGGUGGUAAAGAUUAUGUUUUAAAGACAAAAGAAACAGGAACAAAAUUUAAUUUUACUAUAACAGCUUUGGAUGUUGGGAACGAAGUACCAGUAGAAGAAUCACUCAAUGUUACAAAGAUUGGCUGCUAUCAUGACGGACAGUUUUAUGCAGUUGGUGAUGAAUUCCACAUCGGUUGUAGUGAACUGUGCGAAUGUACUGGACCAGACGCACGUGAAUGCGCUCCACUGAUGUGUCCUUCUCAUGUAGGGCUAGAAUUAGUGUCAAAGGGUUGUGUGAGAUGGGCUCCUAAUCCUCCUCCUACACCACCAAAUUGUUGCCCUAGGACUGCUAGAUGCCUAAGUGACGGAACUUGUCAUUAUAAAGGCGUAGCAAUUCCUAAUUGGAGCGAAGUUCCACUUGAACUAACAGGAUGUGAAGAACACUGUUUCUGUGAAAAUGGUGAGCUAGAUUGUCAGGAAGCAUGUGCUCCAUUACCACCCAUACCUCCUCAAAAUUUAAGAUGUCCUCCUAUGCACCGGCCAGCACCAGUAAAUAUUUCUGAUGAAGAUUGUUGCAAGCAAUGGGGUUGUGUUCCUCACGGUCAAUUGUCUCCAGGAUUUCCCGUAAAAACAUCACAAGGACCUCCCCAGUUCCUUCCAACAGUCCCACCUGAUAAUCAUUAUCCUCAAGACGAUGAUAUUGAACAAAACAACAUACACCGUCCCGAUAAUCCCUUAGAGCCUCCUAUAAACGGACUCCCUUCAGGAUUACCGCUACCUGGAUAUGGUGAUGUAAACAAGAAACUUUCAGUGUUAUCACUGCAAAGUGACUCACCAACGAGCAUUAAGAUGCUCUUUGGCUUACCACCGGUGCUGGUUGGAUUGCGAGGCAGUGUCGAUUUGCGAUAUACAGAUUCCGCAGAUGAAGAUCUAUCACAAUGGUUCUCACAAGUCUUUGCACCAGCCGACGAGAUCCUAACUACUCCUCGCUUGGAGUUCCGACUAACUGGUUUAAAGCCGUUGACGACUUACAAGAUCAGAGGGAAACUGUAUUUACACAAUUUGCCAGUUGAGCCGGAGAGCGACAUUUACACUGUGAAAACUCAAGAUUUACCAACUGUACUGCCUCCUGAAGAGAAACGAAGAGAAAUCGACUGCAAACUUACCGUCGUAGACGUAAAUGAUACAACAGCACACGUGAGCUGGAGACACUUCACCGAAGACGAACUACAAUUCAUCGAUGGUAUACAAGUUAGAUAUCGACCAACAGGAACUCCGAUCUACAGUAUGACGGAACUAUUGCACCACAGUCGGUCGACUGCCGAAUUGCGAGAACUGCGACCUGGAAGUCGGUACGAAGCGUCGCUUGUGUUGAUACCACCCCCACGCGCUACUACUGAACUACACGAUCCAAGUCAAGUGGAAUUUACAACAGCUCCGUAUAAUGACCCGUACAACUGGUCGGUGUCGCUGGAGGCGCGCGCGGUGGGCGCGGGCGCGCUGCGGCUGCAGUGGCGCGGCGUGCCGGCGCCGGCCGAGCGCUGGGUGCGCGUGCUGCGCGCCGCGCACUCGUGCGGGCCGCCCGCGCGCGCCGCCGAGCGCGACGCCUUCCGCCUCGCCGCGCGCGACGAGCCGCCCGCCAUCACCGUCACCGGCCUCCCGCCGGACUCCAAAUGCCGCGUCUGGUUGGAACUCUUCCUUACAAACGGAAAGGUGAAGACCAGUAACGUUCUAGAGAUUCACACAAAAUCCUUGGAUUCAGCGGAACCCAUCGACAAUGUAAUCGAAGCAUCAUCCAUAGCGGGUAGUCGCGGUCCCAGAGGAGACUAUUAUGGAGCAUUGGUAAUUGUGGGAGUCAUCGCAGCGCUGGCAGCUCUCACAUCGGUUCUGCUGCUGCUUGUUAUUAUACGACGACACCGUCCGAGAUCAGUGGCUAUCACGUCGGUGCCAUCAGCUCCCCGAGAGUCAUCGUUACCUCCUUACGAUAACCCGGCGUACAAACUAGAGUUACAGCAAGAAACUAUGGGUAAGGACUUACAUCAUUUAUAAAAAUCAAGUUACCAAAAAAUACAAUUAAAAAUACAAUUAAUA